UUUAGCAGUCUUCGCUGAGGCUGAGCACAGUUUAACAGAAGUCAACUUUGGGUGAACGUCAGAAAAUUUCACCGAAGCAUUUGCUUCAUCUCUGUGACGCUGUGUUUGGCCGCUGAAACACAACUUUAGCGUUUUGGACUCUCAGGAUCACAGGUUCGAGCAUGGAGCCGGCCCGGAUGGUUCUGUGUUUGCUGUCCGUGUUUAUUUCGCUGGUCUCGGACAGGUUGGUGGUGUUGGCUUCCUUCUCCCAGGCUACGGACAGCGACUUCACCUUCAGCUUGCCUGCUGGCCGAAAGGAAUGUUUCUACCAAACCAUGAAGAAAGAGGCUUCCCUGGAGAUUGAAUAUCAGGUGUUAGACGGCGCCGGUCUCGACGUGGACUUCUCCAUCUCUUCUCCUUCCGGCCAGUUGCUUUUCAGCGAUCAGCGCAAGUCGGACGGCGUCCACACCGUGGAAACCCAUGAGGACGGGGACUACGUGUUUUGCUUUGACAACACGUUCAGCUCCAUAUCCGAGAAGCUCGUCUUCUUCGAGCUGAUCCUGGACAACAUGGACCAGGAGGAAGACUCCGACAACUGGAAGGAGCACAUCAUUGGGACAGAUUCGCUGGACAUGAAGCUGGAAGACAUUAUGGACACCAUCAACAACGUGAAGUCUCGCCUGGGGAAAAGCGCGCAGAUCCAGACGCUGCUGCGGGCGUUCGAGGCUCGCGACCGGAACAUCCAGGAGAGCAACUUCGACAGGGUGAACUUUUGGUCGGUUUUCAACCUCGUCAUGAUGAUGGUGGUGUCGGCCGUCCAGGUCUAUUUAGUCCGCUCGUUGUUCGAGGACAAGAGGAAAAUUCGCACAUAACAUCGCCUAGAACUGGACGAACAGAAAUCAUGAAACUAACACACGUUAACACGGUUACAUUAGAGAUGCUUUUUUUUGUUUGUUUGUUUUUGUUUUCCAUUAUGUCUUUUAAAUGUUUGCAGAAACCAACAGAGGUUCAGGACUAAUUCGCCACUGUUGUUGCUUCAAGUUUUCUGUCCACUGGAGUUUGGGAAUGAAUCACAAGUGUCGACUAGCCAUACCUCCACUCAACAACCUUUUAACAAGAAAAAUGUUCUUCUCUCUCUUUAUAGCUUUAUACCGUUUUAAGGUCCUUCUUAGCUGCUGUAGUGGUUUACACAACACGUCAUAACAAGUUUACGAUAUGCAACUACUUUUCUAAUAGAGCCGGAGCGUUACCAGGCCAGUGGCCAAUUUGCAAAUAUUGUCUUGUUUUUUUCUUGAAUGAAAGUAGUUGAAGUAGUCGCCUGCUGCUGGGAUAACUUAUUUUUGCCAAACAGGAAGAGGAGGAGCAACCAGUUAGGUAGCAUGUCUUAACUACUCUAGAGAAAAAGACAAAUCUACCGGUCAGUUUUGAACUCAUCUCUGAGGUCUGUGAAGUUGGCAGCAAGUAUGAAUGCUGUUGAAAAUUAGCCAUGCUUUGUUUCCACACAGCUGCUGAACAGUCAGGUGUGUGGAUAGGUGGGGUGGGGCUGCGCUGCUAACCCUAGGGACUGUGGAGCAGAAGAGAUGGGCGCCACGGUGUCCACGGCACAGUCAUCCCGCUGUGAAGGCCCGUGGCUGCUGGUGGGUGUCUGCUUAGUCUGCCUACUCUGUGAAGACGACGGGUCCGCUUGUCUCUCUAGUGACAGAGGGCUAUUUCUGUGUGACUGACACCUGGAAGGUCAAUGAAAACUCACUCCGUUUAACAUGAUCCUCCCCUACUUCAGUGUUCUCUUAGAUGCUACUAUCUGUGCUAAAUCUAUACUUUAAAAAAAACAAAAACAACUCAUGAUUAUUGCACUGCCUUUGAAAAACAUUGUUGACAAAUUGACUUUGAGGACUGGAACUUUGGAGGUGGGUUAGAGGAAGGUCCAGUAAAGAACAGAGCUCCAUCUCGGACCGCCUACUGAAGGUCUUCAUUCUUUUUUUUUUUGUGCCUUUUCUCUGUUAAAAUUAUGCUGAUUUUUUUUUUCUUUUCCCCUAAAUGUUUUCUUUAUACUUGACUUCACUGUUAAACGACUUGUGCUAUAAGAGUAAAGACGCAUCAUGAGAUCAGGCCUUUACUUCAGAGCCUUAUGUUUAAAGUUCUUAAAACCAAACAUUUACUAGCUGUAUUAAUAUUAUGCAAAUUAACUGUGUAAUUUGUUUAUCAUUAAUCUAUAUGAAGCAUUCAUCUGCUCGGCUUUCAUCACUGUGUGGGCGUGUUUGUUAAGAUUCUGGUAUUCUUACAAAAGGUCGAUUUAAAACGCUUUUGCAAUCCUGGUAGAUUAAAAAAAAUUUCUAAUAGUAUUUCUAUGUUACUGAGAAGGAAUAAAGUACUCUGUUACUCUUUUAAAACAUAUAUUUUCUACUAUUUUGAUGAAGCAGUGGAGGCAGGUUGAGGGAAUGUGACAUUUAUUCCACCAAUGUCCUGCACUUGUAGAUGUGUAUAAAUUAAACAAAUCUAUCUUUUCUGA